AGUGGAGCGGUGGGCCGAGAACAAGUUGAGGCGAUUGAUUGAGUGGGCCUAGGAUCUACUUCUCGAGAACGGGCCACGUGUCAGUUGGGGAGAUAGGAUAAGAAACGAGGGAGAGAGGGAAAUGAAAGAACACAGCGAAAACAGGGGAAAAUGGCGGGAGCGUUGUAUGGGAGCUUCGCCGUAACCGCCUGUGCGAAUGAUAGCCGUGGUAGUGGUAAGGAGGACGAGAAAUUGAAAGGGUCGAAGGUUUUGGUUCUGGGCGGGACGGGUCGGGUCGGGGGUUCGACCGCUGUUGCUCUUUCCAAGCUUUCUCCUCAUCUUUCCAUCGCCGUCGGCGGCCGGAACAGGGAAAAGGGUGCUGCGAUGGUGGCUACCCUGGGGAGGAAUUCUUCUUUUGUUGAGGUGGAUUUUGAAAAUGCGGAGUCACUGAAAGCAGCUUUGGAUGGAGUGGAUCUUGUAGUUCAUGCAGCUGGACCUUUUCAGCAGACUGAAAAAUGCCCUGUGCUUGAAGCUGCUAUAGAGACCAAGACAGCAUAUGUGGAUGUUUGUGAUGACACGAAUUACGCGUUGCGAGCAAAGGCAUUCAAGGAUAAAGCCGUAGCUGCAGGGAUUCCUGCAAUAACAACUGGUGGAAUCUAUCCAGGAGUGAGCAAUUUGAUGGCGGCAGAGCUAGUUCGAGUUGCAACAAGUGAGAGUGAGAGAGAGCCUGAGAGGCUUAGGUUUUACUAUUAUACAGCAGGCAGUGGUGGAGCUGGCCCAACGAUUUUGGCCACUAGUUUCUUACUUCUUGGUGAAGAUGUUAUUGCUUAUAACAAAGGAGAAAAGGUCAAGUUAAAGCCAUUCAGUGGGAUGAUCAACAUUGAUUUCGGGAAGGGGAUUGGAAGCCGAGAUGUUUACCUGCUGAAUUUACCUGAGGUACAUAGUGCUCAUGAGAUCUUGGGAAUACCAACAGUAAGUGCUCGAUUUGGAACCGCUCCCUUCUUUUGGAACUGGGGAAUGGAAAUCAUGACAAAUCUUCUUCCUCAGGAAUUCCUGAAGGACAGAAGCAAAGUGGGUGAAAUGGUACAAUUGUUUGAUCCUCUCGUGCGAACAGUAGAUGGUUUUGCCGGAGAGCGUGUUGCAAUGAGGAUUGACCUGAAGUGUACAGACGGGCGAGAUACCGUUGGCUUGUUUAGUCACAAGAGCCUCUCACAAUGCGUUGGUACUGCAACUGCUGCUUUCGCCUUAGCAAUCCUCGAGGGAAGCACACAGCCCGGAGUUUGGUUCCCAGAAGAGCCUGAAGGAAUUGCAGUGGAGGCAAGGCAGAUUCUGCUGGAGAGAGCCUCCCAAGGCACCAUUAAUUUCGUGAUGAACAAGCCGCCAUGGAUGGUGGAAACCAAGCCUAAAGAGCUCGGAUUGGGAAUCUACGUGUGAACAGAGUGAUGAAUAGCUGUUCCUGUAUAUGUCAAGCAAAUUUUUGUAUUAAUUUUAAUUAACAUUUUUCCAUUUGUAAUUAAGUAAAUUUGGUAAACUAAUCAGUGACAUUCCUAAUCCUUAAUGGAAGCGGAUAGACACUGGAUUCAUUCCUCCACCUUUCCGAAUAAGGAAAGGAAACAAUC